AUUAUAAUUUUUUUUUUUUUUUGGCUUGGCGCUAUUUUAUGGCUGCUAAUCAGAGUAAUCGCUGGAACAGUGUAGGUAGCAGCGGCAAUGCUAUGAAGAGUUCAUAUUCGCCAUCGCAUUUCUUCAAGAUAAUAAGUUCAUCCACUCUCAAAGACCAAAACUUGAAAAUCCCAAAAAAAUUUGUGAAGAAAUUUGGGAAUGAACUGUCUGCAAUUGCUACCAUCACAAUUCCCAGUGGUCGCUCUUGGAAACUGGGUUUGCAGAAAGCUGAGGGUAGAAUUCUGUUUGUUGAUGGUUGGCAGGAAUUUGUGGAAUACCACUCCAUAGGUUUUGGCUACUUUUUAGUAUUUAGAUAUGAGGGUUUUUCCAAAUUCCAUGUUUGUAUAUUUGAUAAGACUGCUACCGAGAUUGAUUACCCAAGUAAUUGUCUAAGCCGUGCUGAUGUGGAGCCUAAUUUUGACAAGCAAGGUUCAGAAGAUCAUGAGGAGGAAGCUGCAGAUGAUGAUGAUUAUGAAAUUUUAGAACAUCAACGAGUUGGUAAUAAAAGGAAGAAGCUUUGCCAAAGAGCUACUUCUCUGAAGUGCAAAGUAGCUCGAGGGGGCAAAAAUUGUAAAUUUGAAGGGCAGGCAGAUCAAGUAGGAAUAGGUGCUGAGGAUAUAUCAAUGGGAGGCAAAGUGGAGGAAAACGAAAUGGAUUGUCCACAAGAUUUGCCAUCAACAGAUGAAGAUGAACCUAUGUUCUUUAGUAGAUUUUUCUUCUGUCCUAAAACAAAACCUAUGACAAAGGAAAGUGAGAGGGCAAUGCUUGCUGCCAGAAAUUGCAAGCGCAAACAUCCUUCUUUCUUGGUUCUCUUGAGCAAAUACAAUCUGAAAAACUACUAUGCAGAUGUGCCAGCGGAAUUUGCAACCAAGUACAUGCAGCGUGGUUCGGGAUUCAUAAAAGUUGAGGCAUUUAAUGGAAAGAAGUGGUGGUUGAAGUGCAGAACCUUAAAUGGUACAGCGUCGGUUAAGAGAAUAAGCCAGGGAUGGGCUGCAUUUAAGAAUGACAACAAUUUGAAAGAAGGUGAUGUGUGUGUAUUUGAGUUGAUUAAGCAAAAGGGUACUUUGCUGAGGGCUUCAGUAUACCAUGCUGCUGAUUAUGCGGACCCAGUGAAGAAACACUUGUAGAAGGAAAUAUAAACUUGGUCUAAACUUGAUGUUGGAGACGCUGUAUUUGUGCAAAGGUUUAGCAAGUUAGAUUACUAUAUUUAUCCAUUGAGGUGUUUUGUUUACUGAUAUUGCCCUCCGAAGUGGAACCUGAAAUACUCAAAGAUAAUUGUUAAUCUUGAUGGAUUGCAUGAUAGGUGGUUUUGAUCUUAGAA